AAAAGCGCGGGUGGGGCUGCUGUGAGCGCAUCUACGUCAUACUUCGUCCCGCGUUAGACGAACUCUGUCCGGGCGAAUCUCUGCGCAACAUCCACUCACAGUCUACACAGUCUACGCAGUCUACGCCAACACAGAGCUUUUCGUUCCUGAGACGUAAACAUGUGUGGAAGAACCGCCUGCACUCUGGCUCCCGACGAGCUGAGCCGAGCCUCGUCCUACAGAGACCGAGGUGGACGGAGGAGACAGCCCCGCUGGAGGGACGGAGAUGCGGAAAAGUACAAGCCCUCUUACAACAGGAGUCCGCAGUCCAUGAGUCCCGUCCUGCUGUCCCAGCAGCACUUCGAUAAGGAUGCUCCUGUGGACGAGCGUGUGUUGGCUGUGAUGCGCUGGGGUCUCGUACCUGCUUGGUUCAAGCAGGAUGAUCCGAGCAAGAUGCACUACAGCACCAGCAACUGCCGCAGUGAGAAUAUCCUGGAGAAGAAAACCUACAAGUACCCGAUGAACAAAGGACAGCGCUGCGUCAUCCUGGCUGAUGGUUUUUAUGAGUGGAAGAGGCAGGAGAAACAGAAGCAGCCGUUCUUCAUCUACUUCCCUCAGGGUUCAUCAGGAUCCAGUGACCCUGCAACCUCAAAGAAGGCACGCUCUGCAGAAAAGGUCUCCCUGGACAUGACAGAGGAAGGAGAAGCUCCACGUGAGUGGACUGGUUGGAGGCUGCUGACCAUGGCUGGACUGUUUGACUGCUGGACACCACCAGAGGGUGGAGAACCUCUGUACACUUACACUGUAAUCACUGUGGAUGCUUCACCCAAUCUGCAAGACAUCCAUGGCAGGAUGCCGGCCAUCCUGGAGGGAGAGGAAGAAGUGAGGAGAUGGCUGGACUUUGGUAAAGUGAAGUCUCAGGAUGCUCUGAAGCUGCUCCAGUCCAAAAACACUCUGACCUUUCACCCCGUCUCUUCACUCGUCAACAACUCGCGCAACAACUCUCCAGAGUGUCUUCAGCCGCUGGAUCUCAACAGCAAGAAGGAGCCCAAACCCACAGGCAGCAGCAAGAUGAUGAUGAGCUGGCUGAAGAACGGGUCACCUUCAAAGAGGAAGAAGUCCAACACGUGUGAGAGCGAAGAAGAAACAAAGAAACGACCCAAAUCUACAGGAGCUCUUCAGGGAACCAAUAAGAAACCAAGAAUCCACUGAAGUUCUGAACCUGGACGUAAAACUCAAGUUCUGAACAUAGUUUACGUCUCCUCUCUUCUACUUUACGUUUGAGGGAAAACAUCUUAACAUUUUUCCUUAAAUUAGAGGAUAUCUUAAGUUUAAAUCAGAUUUUUCAGACAGACUAUCACUCGUUAAUUGCACAGUGUAGAUGUGACCGUGUUUGAGGCACAGGUUUCAAACAUGGAUGAAAUUCAAAAUGCAACGAUUCAUCGUUUUAUUCUAAAAAAUGGUUUCUUUGCUCCACACACCAAAGAAAACAUUUAAACUGAAUAGAAGUUUGGUUUGUGGACAGAACCAGACACUUGAGAACAUCAUUUUGUGGUUUGGGGAAACAUUUGUUUUACAUUUUCUGGACCAAACUAAUCCAUUAAAUGGGUGAAUAAUUAACAAUCAAUCAAAAGUGUAUGAACUCCUUGUGAAGAUGCCUCGUACAAACUUCUCCAUCAACAAUGAAAGAGACGGCUAUACAUUUUAAUCUUCCAUGUUGUAGUCAUGUUUGAAACCAUAUCACUGAGAUUUUACUCUUGCACUGGAGUUCAUUAGUUUAUGUUUUGAUGAUCAUUUAUGUGUUAAAGCUUUAUUUUGUGUUCAAUUCAACACAAGAAACACUGAACUGAAGUUUGUGUUGAGGAAAAAAGUAUCACAAUAGAUAUUUUGAUCCAAAUCGUUCAGCUGUGCUUCACUUUGAUUGUUUUUGAUGUGUGGGUCACAUGGUGUGAUCCAAGACUUCUGAUUUGAUCUGAUUAAUAAACAAACAAAACCAAAACAAAA